AUGGCGGCCGUCAGACUAAGCGCGCUUCACCUGGCGCAGCCGGGCCUCGCGCCCGUCGCCAGGGCGGGGGGCGCCAUCAAGGCCAGGGAAUGUGGCGGCAAGCAGGCCGCACUGGGGUGGUGCGCCUCCGCGCAGCUGGGGCAGUCCCUGGGGGUCGGCGCCAAAUCGAAGGGCGUCGCUGCGCCAUCCAAGCGCGCGGCUUCAGCGACCGUCGUUCGCGCCAGCGCCGCGGCGGACGUGGAGCGGCCGUGGCGGGCGGCGGACGCGCGGCUGGCGCUGGAGGACGGGUCGGUGUGGAAGGGGUCGUCGUUCGGCGCGCGCGGCACGCAGGCGGCGGAGGUGGUGUUCAACACGUCGCUGACGGGGUACCAGGAGAUCAUCACCGACCCCAGCUACGCCGGCCAGAUCGUGCUCAUGACCUGCCCGCACAUCGGCAACACCGGCAUCAAUGAAGAGGACGAGGAGUCGCGCACGUGCUUCACGUCGGGGCUCGUGGUGCGCAGCAUCAGCAACUGCGUGUCGAACUGGCGGUCGUCGCAGACUCUGCCCGACUACCUGCGGCAACACAACAUGAUGGGCAUCUCGGACAUCGACACGCGCGCCAUCACCAAGCGACUGCGCGACAAGGGCAGCUUGAACGGUGUGAUCUCAACGGACCGCAAGAAGUCGGACGAGGAGCUCGUGGAGAUGGCUCGCUCCUACAGCAUCGUUGGCAAGGAUCUGAUAACGGGGGUGACGUGUGAGAAGCCGUACGUGUGGGUGGACCCCACGGGCGAGUGGGAGUUCAGCAGCGAUGCCAAGGAGGUCUCCAUGGCCAACGCCUUCCAUGUGGUGGCGUACGACUUUGGCAUAAAGCACAACAUUCUGCGCCGCCUGGCGUCGUACGGCUGUCGCAUCACAGUCGUGCCCUCCACCUACCCGCCUGAGGACCUCGCCAAGCUCAACCCCGACGGUGUCCUCUUCAGCAACGGGCCGGGCGACCCGUCGGCGGUGCCGUACGCGGUGGAGAGUGUGCGUGCGGUGGUGGGCACGGUGCCGGCGCUGGGCAUCUGCAUGGGGCACCAGCUGCUGGGGCAGGCGCUGGGCGGCCGCACCUUCAAGCUCAAGUUCGGCCACCACGGCGGCAACCACCCCGUGCGCCACCUCGCCUCCGGCCGCGUCGAGAUCAGCGCGCAGAACCACAACUACGCGGUGGAUCCGGAGAGUCUGCCGGAGGGCGUGCAGGUGACGCACAUCAACCUGAACGACGGCACGUGUGCUGGGCUGGCGUACCCAGCUCUCAACGUGAUCAGCAUCCAGUACCACCCCGAGUCCUCCCCUGGGCCCCAUGACGCCGACCCAGUGUUCCAUGACUUUGUGCAAAUGAUGACCAAGCACCAGCGGGCUGGAUGGGACGCUCCUGCUGCUAGCACGACCGCCACGCGCCCGGCCGCUCUCGCCCGCAUCGCGAUUCGUUUCCGCGUGCGCGGCAUGUCGUGGCGCGGGCUGCGCGGGUGCUGGGGGUGGUACCAGCAGCAGCUGUCGCGGCGGCCGGUCCGCACGCAGGUGGUCACCUCCACCGUGCUGUGGGGGUCGGGUGACGUCAUCGCGCAGCAGAUCGACCGACACAUGGCUGACCGACACGCGGGCGAUGCGCACGUGGCCGAUGCACACGUGGCAGCGCGAGUCAACGUGGGGUCGCGGCAGGCAGAUGGGGCUACGUCGCCCGACCAUGCCCGGGCUCUCUCACCUCCUCCCCCUUGUGUCCACCCCUCACUGUCCCUCACCCUGUUUGCCAGCAACACUGUGAAACUGCAGUGUCACAUCUCUGUCUCUCUGUGUUCGCAAGCCCUAACUCGCAGCACAGUGUUUCAAGCCUGGCUCUCAUUGAUCACGGCUCUUGGCGCGCGGCGCGUGCCUGGGUGUGGCAGGUACGAGGGGCUGGAGGGCUUUGUGAGGAACCGCCUGGGGCUGCGGCCGUCGACGAUGCGGUUUGUGGCGGCGAAGCUGUUUCUGGACACAUUUGCGUUCGGCCCCGUGCACCUGGCAGCCUUCUUCACGUACACGGGGCUCGUGGCCGGCCACUCGCUGCACCAGAUCCGCACUGACCUCGCCCGCGACUUCCUCCCGGGCUUCCUGACAGAGGCCACAGUGUGGCCCGUCAUCCAGACUGUCAACUUCAAGCUCGUGCCCGUGCAGCACCAGCUGCUCUUUGUCAACUUCUUCUGCCUGCUAGACAGCGCUUGGCUAUCGUGGCUCAAACACCAACAAGAUGCUCCUUGGAAGGCCUGGCUUGCGAAUACAUUGUUCGGUGGCUCAGAAUCCAAUUUUUAA